UAAGGCUACAGACACUGCCAGCCAUGUCCUGCCUCUAAAACAAAAUAUACAGUUUUUAGAAUUAUUACGCAUAAACCAAGAGCAGGCCCUCUAAUUUUUUUUUCUUAUUUUGCUACACCUUUUCUAUAGAUACAUCGUUCUUUUUUUCCCUUUUGUUUUACAUAUUUGAUAAGGAGAAGGGGAGAAAAAUGUCUUCGCCCGCGCAGCAAGGGAGGUCUGGCGUUGAGCUGGUGAGCGCACUGCUGCUGCUGCUCUCGCUCUCUGGUUGUUCAAGCAUGGAUGUUCUUGCGCCCGAUUCCAUUAAUGCUCUUAAUGGAACAACUGCUACAAUUCCCUGCACGUUCACUUCCUGCUAUAAAAUUGACCUCACCAAGUUUGCUAUGAAUUGGACCUACCAAGAAACAAAAAAUGACACAGAGGAAAUGUUUAUGACUUACUAUAGGAAAAAAGGAAUGGUACCACUGCCUUCAGAACGGUUUGAAGAGAGGGUCAUGUUUAAUGGGAACCUGGACAAGAACGACUUGUCAAUCACUCUAUCAAACGUUCAACUGGAGGAUGAGGGGUAUUACAACUGCUACGUGAGAAAUCCCCCAGACCGCAUUCAGGGACAUGGAGUCAUUCACCUCAAAGUUGUCACAGAACUUCCCCCUCCAAGAGAUUCAACUAUUGCAGUUGCUAUUGGAGCAUCAGUGGGUGGGGCUUUAGCUCUACUGAUCCUUUCCAUGGUGGUGAUAAAAUGUCUUCGCCGACACAGGAAGCAAGAACUGAUUUCAGAGGAGAAGAUGGAAGAGGAGGGGAAACUGGAGGCCGAAGCUGUGGCAGAAGAGGGGACUAAACAACCAUAACUGGAUCGUUUGACUGAACCAGACUUUCUGGAGCUUCCAUUCUCAACACCUCAUCUGACAUACACACCUCUUAUGAAGACACUAGUAACCACUGCUUCAAGCAUUGCCCACAGAUGCAGCCAUCCUCUCUGCAUGUGUGUGUGUCUGUCUAAUGCACUUAAGUGAGAUUCUGAAUGUGACUGAAUGUGACUGUGUGUGUAAUUCUGUGAGACUAGAGGUGAUGUGUGUUUUUUCCUUGAAACAGGUCAGGGAUUUUAAGACAAAACCUGCAUUCCUUUAUAGCUCCAAGUUAGUGUCAAUAACAUUUGUCUCUCAAAUAAUGGUGAAUACCAUAUUCAUUGCAAAAUAUAAGACAGGUUAGGGCUGGGCAGUAUGACCUAAAAAUUCAGUUCACAAUAUAUUUUGAAUAAUAGAUUUAAUCAAAAACAUUAUUUUUUGCUCUCAUUGUUUCAAUAGAUGUGCUUUAAAUAAACUUUAAAGGUUUAGGGA